AGCAGCCCCAGCCGCCGCCGCGCCCCGGCCGUGAAGGAGGCGGAGGAGGGCGCGGGGCGGCCCGGGCGCGGCGGCCCCGUCCGCGCUCCCCCUGCCCAGCCCCGGCCAUGAAUAUGUAACUCCCCUCUAUUUCCCGAGCUCCAUUGCGGAGCCGCCGCUCGCCAUAUUGUGCUGCGGGGGCUGCGGCGGCACCGCCGGCCACGGACCGAGGCGGCAGCGGCGGGCGUAUCAUUCAAACUUCUGAUGGGAAAGCCCAUGGGAUGUGUUUUGAAGAAGGAAAAGGCCUUGUGGUGUGCUCCAGUGAGCACAUUUGACUGGUGUGCUGUGUCCUGCCUCAUUUUGCCCUUCCCCUCGGUGCAGGAAUCAGACCCUGCUUGACCCAUGUGCACAUUUGGAAGUGGAUGUUUCAGGAAUAUUUUCCGCAUCAGGUGGCAUUUGUGGCCCAUGUUCUCUGGCCUUCAGUUCUGUGUCACUUUUGUUUAACAAUUGAAUUGAUUUUUGCCAAGUGUUCAUGGCUGAGCAGCUCCCCCAGUUCUCCUGGAGUGGUACAAGCAGGGGAUUAUCCUUGUGUGACACAGCAGAGCCUGCCAUGUCUCAGGCCGUGCAGACCAACGGGACGCAGCCUCUGAGCAAGACCUGGGAGCUCAGUCUGUACGAGCUGCAGAGAACACCCCAGGAAGCCAUCACAGAUGGCCUGGAGAUCGUGGUGUCCCCCCGGAGCCUGCACAGCGAGCUCAUGUGUCCCAUCUGCCUGGACAUGCUCAAGAACACCAUGACCACGAAGGAGUGUCUGCAUCGCUUCUGCGCUGACUGCAUCAUCACUGCCCUCAGGAGCGGGAACAAAGAAUGUCCCACAUGUCGCAAAAAGCUCGUUUCCAAAAGAUCCCUGCGGCCAGACCCCAAUUUCGACGCUCUCAUCAGUAAGAUUUACCCGAGCCGGGAUGAGUACGAGGCUCAUCAGGAGAGGGUGCUGGCCAGGAUCAGCAAGCACAACAACCAGCAAGCCCUGAGUCACAGCAUCGAGGAGGGAUUAAAGAUUCAGGCUAUGAACAGGUUGCAGCGGGGCAAGAAGCAGCAGAUUGAGAAUGGCAGCGGGGCCGAGGACAACGGCGACAGCUCCCACUGCAGCAACGCCUCCACACACAGCAACCAGGAAGCUGGGCCCAGCAACAAGAGGACCAAAACCUCAGAUGACUCUGGGCUGGAGCUGGACAACAACAACACCACUGUGGCCAUAGAUCCCGUGAUGGACGGGGCCAGUGAGAUCGAGCUGGUGUUCAGGCCUCACCCCACCCUCAUGGAGAACGAUGACAGUGCACAGACAAGGUACAUCAAGACCUCGGGCAACGCCACGGUCGAUCACCUGUCCAAGUACCUGGCAGUGAGGCUGGCCCUGGAGGAGCUGCGCAGCAAGGGCGAGUCCAACCAGAUGAACCUGGACACGGCCAGUGAGAAGCAGUACACCAUCUACAUCGCCACCGCCGCCGGCCAGUUCACCGUGCUAAAUGGCUCCUUUUCCCUGGAACUGGUCAGUGAGAAGUACUGGAAAGUGAACAAACCCAUGGAACUGUACUAUGCCCCCACCAAGGAGCACAAAUAAGUGCUGGGAAACUGGGAUGGAACUAACUCUUUUUAUAGCUACGACUUCUUUAAUAUUAAAAUAAGGCACCACCAGAAUCUUCAUGGACAAAACACGUGGUGCCUUCAGGCACUCUCACUAUACUCAGUAAUAUGACUAGACAGUAUUUAAUUUAGUCUUUGGUUGGGUUUUUUGGUUUUUCCCUGGGAGACUAAAUGACCUCCAGUGCAUUCCUGUGUUUGAUAUGCUUUUUUGUUCCUAAUGCAUGAUGUCUGAUCCAGUGUUCCGGUUUGGAAUGGCUUCGUUUUGUCCAGGUAAAUCUGGAUUUCUGCUCCAUCAGAUACAGUUCUAGUAGCCUCUGUGAAGUGUGGAGUGUUGGGUGGCCAAGGAAGUCUAUUCAAUAGUAGCAUAUGCCAAGGAAUGUGUUAAAUGUUGGAAUUUGGUGUCUGUUAUCCAUCUGAAGAAUUGAUUGGUAGAGAAUGGAUUUGGGAUAGUCUUGCAGCUAGAGGAAAUCUGAUCCCCUAGGAAAGGUUCAUUAAGAUAUUUUCUUGUGAACAAAGGAAUUUUGCAUCUUGUAAGAGGUAUUGCUGCCCAUGGCAGGGGCUUGGACUGAGAUGGUGUUUAAGGUUCCUUCCAAGUCCAACCAUCCUGGGAUUUUGGGAUUCCAAAGAGAGCUGCAGUGAGAAAACUUGACACUUUAAAACCUUGCUGUUUACUGGGCUUAAUUGAAUACUUCAGUGCAAAGUGGUUCAUCAGAUUGGUUUGGUUUUGUUUUUGAUGGCUAUUUCAGUCAAAAAAACACCCUAACACCCCAAACCCAUAACUCUUCUCCAUGCAGGACAUGCCAGUCUUGAUUCCUGCCUGGCCCCUCCUGCAGUGUUGCCCUGUCCUCACAGCUGAACUGAAGGAAAUCUGGAUGUUUCAUAGCCCUGCUCUGUUCCCUAGAGGAGGAUCUCUGUUUUGAAUGUGCUGUGGAGAACUGUCCAGAAAACUUUUUGUUAAAGCAAAUCCCCUAAAUUCCAGCACACAGCCAUCAAAAUGCUUUGCUUUGGGGAAUUGUGCCACCCCAGCAGGGACCUUUUCCCAGUGUCAGUGUGAGUAGGGAAGACUUCAGUUGUAAGCUGCUCCAAGACUCUACUUUUGUUACUUUGCCAUAGCUUUAACAAACAUGGCUUAGCACUUUGGAAGACAACUUCAGUACUUGACAAAGUUUACCAUUUAGUGUCUUACAUUUAGGCUCAAGUUUCCCAACGUGGCAGUGGGCUGUGCUGUAAGGCCAGGUUGCUGCUGGUCAUUUGCAUGUACAGCCCUGGUUCUGGACCUUGCUGUGGCUCUGAGGGGGCAGCUUGACCUGUCCCAUGUCCUGUCUGAAGGGAAGCUGUCACCAUGAGGUUCCCUUUGCUCUAAGACUUGCUGAUGAACCCUCCCCUGUUUGCCCCUGAAGCUCGAAGCAAAAAAGAGUUGGUGGUAGGUGGGAAGCACCAGGCUUUACUCCACAUGCUGUGGUUUACACUCCUCCUGUAGCCUGCCUGGACUCCCACUGGCUCUGGCUUGUGAUACAAAAGUAUUCUGCUGCUCGGGGAUUCUCCUGGGAAGGACUUGCCCUUCCCUGGCUCUGGGCUUUCCUAGCACUUGUAAAUAGUGUCCCUUCUGGCUGCUGUUCAGAUCAGCUUUAUCCCGCUGUGGAAACUGCACAGGCUUCUUUGAGUAACUUAAUUAUUUCCUCUGACUGGAGAGCCUUGGGCUUUUGUGACAUGAAAUGGAAGAGUUCAGGCCCCAGAGCACAGAGGGGCAGCUAUUAGGGACCUGUUUUUGCUGACUUUGUGAAGCGUUGCUGUAUAGACUGUAGUGCAUGUCCACGGAAUAUAACGGGGGGUGGGGGAGUGGCUGUGCUAAAUGCUUUAAAGUUACUGGGGAAAACUUCUAGAUUAGUGCCAGCAUCCCUCCUGGGGGGAGCUGAGGGGAGAGAUAGUCCCUUAAGCAAGAGAAGUUGUGAAGCUGAGCAGUCUGUCUAGGAGCUGUCACUUUGUCUCCAGUUCUUUUGAAAAGCGUGAGAGAAUGUGAAGCUUUUAUUUUCAUGUUGUAGUGAAUUUCCUGAAUAUUUAUGUUCUUUAAAUAUUAUAUAUAUAAUGUAGUUGUUUGAUUAAACCAUUGAUUGCACUGUGACUCUUUAGUGCUAUAAGCUAUUUUAUUUUCAAAAUGCCAUUAUUCUUCCCCCUUUUAAAGCCAUGUUCUUUUGUAAGUACAUAAUGUGUGUUACGUACGGGUAAGCCUAAUAUCCAACUAAACUAUCUCCUAUCCAACUAAAGUCCCACUGAAAUGCUCAAAUUGACAAUAAAAGCAAAAAUGUUAUCAACAA